AUGCCGGGGAGAAGGCAUGCCUGCUGCCUGCAGACGCCGACGCGGGGCAGCCCCCCGGCUGGUGCGGUGGGGGCGUGGCUAGUGUGCAGAGGCGCCGAGCUGCUGGUUUCAGGGGCCGUUAGCUUGGUCAGCACGUGUUGCGCAUGCGGAGCACAGGCGCAGAGAAGUUGCCCAGAGCACCCGAAGCCCAGGACCCGCGCCACCACGUGUGUGUGCGGCUUUCCCGCACUGUACACUGAGGCCGUGAAGGCCCGGCCGCGCAAGGCACGCGGGCCCGUGGCCCCGGGUCUGCCGAGGAGGGGCGGACUGCAGGCCGCGGGCGCCGAGGCCCAGGGUCCCAGAGGCAGUCAGGAGCAGAGCGCGGUCCUUCCGUGGCCGGCGUGCUGCUUGCGGCUCCUCGCGUGUGUCUGUGUCGGGGGUGUGGUGCGGCGCCCCUCUGGGCCUGUCCUCCCGCCGGGCGGUCCUCAACCCCUGGGACAUGUGUGUCUCCUUACGAUCCGCAGGUCCCUGAGCACUGACUGCCCCCGCUGCCGCGUCUGCCCUGUUGGCGCAUGUUGGGUUCCUCCAGUGAAACUUUUCCUUAGAGACAUGCUGCCUCCCAAGUCCUUGUCCGCCACCAAACCCAAGAAGUCUUGGGCCCCAAACCUGUAUGAGCUAGACAGUGACUUGUCUGAGCCGGACUCCGUCCCAGGAGAAGGCGCCACUGACUCUGAGUUCUUUCAUCAGAGGUUUCGGAACUUCCUCUACGUGGAUUUCAUUGGGCCUCGGAAGACCCUUCUCAAACUCCGAAACCUCUGCCUCGAUUGGUUGCAGCCGGAGACUCGCACCAAGGAGGAGAUCAUCGAGGUCUUGGUCCUGGAGCAGUACCUGACCAUCCUUCCGGAAAAGAUCAAGCCUUGGGUGUACGCACAAAAGCCGGAGACCUGCGAGAAGCUCGUUGCUCUGCUGGAGGAGUACGAGGAGAUGUACGAGCCGGAAGACGACAACAGCAGCGACACCCACAGCGAAGGCGGGAUGAGCCGGAGGGCCGCGGAGUCCCCACCACCGCGCCCUGCCCUCCCCUGCUGCAGUGACCGGGACCGGGACCGGGACUGGGACCAGGACUGGGAGCGAGAGCGGGAGCGAGGCCGGGCACGGGAGCGGGAGCGCCGCCGUGGCCGAAGCCGGGACAUGGAGUCACGGGACCGCUGGCCGUCCGUCCGGAGCCCCAGGAGCAGGUUUCACCAGCGGGAUCUUGCACUUCCUCUGGCGGAGAGAGCCAAGGAAAGAGAGCACAGACGCAGGGACUCCCUGCUGGAUUUGGAUGCCAGCUCCGAGGAGGCGGUGUUGUACCAGGACAUGGUGGCCCUCACCGAGGAUCGCAAGCCCCAGAACCCGAUUCAGGACAACAUGGAGAACUACCGGAAGCUGCUCUCACUGGGGGUCCAGCUUGCCGAGGACGACGGCCACUCACACAUGACCCAGGGCCCCUCGGCAAGGUCAAAGAGAAGUGCCUACCCGAGCACCAGCAGAGGUCUGAAGACGGCGCCUGAGACCAAGAAGUCAGCCCACCGGCGGGGCAUCUGUGAGGCCGAAUCCUCUCACGGGGUUAUCAUGGAGAAGUUCAUCAAGGAUGUGGCCCGCAGUUCCAGGUCCGGGCGGGUGCGGGAGCCAAGUGAGCGGCCACACCGGCUCUCCCGGAGGGCAGGCGGCGACUGGAAGGAAGCAUCGUUCAGCAGGAGGGAGGCGGGAGCCUCAGAGAGGGGCCCAGAGGGGGGCGCCUUUGGGGGAGGAGGCUUCAGCUGUAGCUCAGACCCGGUUUCCAAAAAGCGUGCUCUGGAGAGAAAAAGGCGCUACCACUUCGAUGUGGAGGGGCAGGGCCCAGUGCACGAUCCCAGGGGCGGAGCGAGGAAACGGCCCUUCGAGUCCGGAGGCGAGGCCCGCAGGGCCGCCAAGGCAGCGGGCGCCAGCAGCCUGAGCGCUCCGCCCGUGGCCCUGUCUCAGCCGCUGGACGUGGCGGCCAUGCCCUACGUGUGCGACGAGUGCGGGAGGUCCUUCGCGGUCAUCUCUGAGUUCGUGGAGCACCAGAUCGUGCACACCCGGGAGAGCCUGUACGAGUACGGGGAGUCCUUCAUCCACGGCGCCGCCGUCAGCGAGGCCCAGGGCAGGCCCGCGGGCGCCAGGCGCUCUGAGGGUGCGCAGGCUGCCAGCAACGGUGCCAGCCUGGCCGAGCAUCGGCGGGGCCGGGCCCGAGAGCACGUCGGGGGCAGUGGGGACGAGGAGCAGGACGAGCCCUUCCUGCCCAGCCCCACCUUCAGUGAGCUUCAGAAGAUGUACGGCAAGGACAAGUUCUACGAGUGCAAGGUGUGCAAGGAGACCUUCUUGCACAGCUCGGCCCUGGUCGAGCACCAGAAGAUCCACAGCCACGAGGACCGGGAGAAGGAGCGCAGCACGGGCGCCGUGAGGCGCACCCCCAUGCUCGGCGAGCUGCAGAGGGCCUGCGGGAAGGAGAAGCGCUACGAGUGCAAGGUCUGUGGGGAGACCUUCCACCACAGCGCAGCCCUGCGGGAGCACCAGAAGACCCACGGCCGGGGGAGCCCGUCCGAUGGCAGGGCCAGAGCCUUCGAGGAGACCUUCGUUCCUGGCCAGUCCCUGAAGAGGCGCCAGAAAACCUACUCCAAAGAGAAGCUCUACGACUUCAGAGAGGGCGGGGAUGCCUUUGGGCGGAGCUCAGACUUCAUGGAGCACCAGAAAAUUCAUUCUCGGAAGAGCUACUUCGACAGCCGGGGGUAUGAGAAGCCGCUGCUCCACAGCAUGUCUAUGCCCAGCUCUCAGAAGAGUCACACAAUCACCAGGCCGCCCGAGGACGAGGACGAAGAGAAGGCAUUCACUGCCAGUAGCAACCCCGAAGACGGCCAGGAGGCCCGGGCCUACGAGAGGAGCACCUACGAGAGGGCCAUCUUCCACAGCCUGGCCGCCUUCCGGCCUCCCCGCAGCCUCAGGGAGGAUGGAGAGCCCUCCACAUACCUCUCAGGCCUUCGUGACCCACCGCAGAAGCCCCCAGCCUGGGAGAGCCCUUACGCCGGAGGCAGGCACAGCUUCUUCAGGAGCUCAGUCUUCUAUCGCGCAUCGCGCCCUGCCCCUCUGGACCACCUUGCUGGGGAAGGCCCCAGCGGGUGGAAGAGAGACGGCGAAGCCUCCAGCCCCAGCUCAGACGGCCGCCAGCACCAGAAGGCACGUGCCAAGAAGAAGAACAUCGAGCGCAAGAAUUAUGACGCCUCCAUGAUCCCCACCUUGCGUUUUGGUGAGCCUCAAACGUUUCGCCCGAGAGAGAGAUUUUACGAAUGUCCAGAGUGUGGAGAGUUCUUUGUCCGUAGCUCCGAGCUGGCUGAGCACCAGAAGAUCCACAACAGGAAGAAGCUCUCCGGAAGUAAGAGCUACCUACGGUCUGCCCUUCGCAGCCUGUCCUCCACUGACCCUCAGACCAGCUACCAAGGCCAGUCAGUGCAGAUGGGUUAUGCCCAGGAAGCAGCUCAGACUAGCUAUGCUGAACUAGCAGCUCAGACCAGCUAUGCCGAAGAACCAGCUCAGACCAGUUACACUGAGGCACCAGCUGAGGGUAGUUACACUGAGGAACCAGCUCAGACCAGUUGUAUUGAGGAACCAGCUCAGACCAGUUGUAUUGAGGAACCAGCUCAGACCAGUUAUACUGAUCCAGCAGCUGAGACCAGUUACUCCGAAGAACCAGCUCAGACCAACUAUACUGAGGCACCAGCUGAGACUAGUUAUACUGAGGAACCAGUUCAGACCAGUUGUAUUGAGGAACCAGCUCAGACCAGUUAUACUGACCCAGCAGCUGAGACCAGUUACACUGAAGAACCAGCUCAGACCAAUUACACCGAGGGACCAGCUGAGGCCAGUUGUAUUGAGGAACCAUCUCAGACCAAUUACACCGAGGGACCAGCUGAGGCCAGUUGUAUUGAAGAACCAUCUCAGACCAAUUACACCGAGGGACCAGCUGAGGCCAGUUGUAUUGAAGAACCAUCUCAAACCAGUUGUAUUGAAGAACCAGCUCAGACCAGUUGUAUUCAAGAACCAGCUCAGACCAGUUGUACUCAAGAACCAGCUCAGACCAGUUGUACUCAAGAACCAGCUCAGACCAAUUACACUGACCCAGCAGCUGAUACCAGUUACACCGAAGAACCAGCUCAGACCAAUUACACCGAGGAAUCCGCUGAGGCCAGUUAUACUGAGGAACCAGCUCAGACCAGCUGUAUUGAAGAAGCAGCUCAGACCAGUCACACUGACCCAGCAGCUGAUACCAGUUACACAGAAGAACCAGCUCAGACCAAUUACACCAAGGAACCAGCUGAGGCCAGUUAUACUGAGGCACCAGCUCAGACCAGUUGUAUUGAGAAACCAGCUCAGACCAAUUACACCGAGGAAUCAGCUGAGGCCAGUUAUACUGAGGAACCAGCUCAGACCAGUUGUAUUGAGAAACCGGCUCAGACCAGUUACACCAAAGAACCGGCUCAGACCAAUUACACCGAGGAAUCAGCUGAAGCCAGUGAUACUGAGGAACCAGCUCAGACCAGUUGUAUUGAGGAACCAGCUCAGACCAGUUAUACUGACCCAGCAGCUGAGACCAGUUACACAGAAGAACCAGCUCAGACCAGUUACACUGAAGAACCAGCUCAGACCAGUUACGCCGAAGAACCAGCUCAGGCCAGUUACGCCGAAGAACCAGCUCAGGCCAGUUACGCCGAGGAACCAGCUCAGGCCAGUUACGCCGAGGAACCAGCUCAGACCAGUUACGCCGAGGAACCAGCUCAGACCAGUUAUGCCGAGGAACCAGCUGAGGCCAGUUAUGCCGAGGAACCAGCUCAGAUCAGGUACGACGAGGAACCAUCUCAGACCAGUUAUUCUGAGGAACCAGCUCAGGCCAGUUAUACUGAGGAACCAGCUCAGACCAGUUAUGCUGAGGAACCAGCUGAGGCCAGUUAUGCCGAGGAACCAGCUCAGACCAGGUAUGACGAGGAACCAUCUCAGACCAGUUAUUCUGAGGAACCAGCCCAGACCAGUUAUACUGAGGAACCAGCUCAGACCAGUUAUACUGAGGAACCAGCUCAGACCAGUUAUACUGAGGAACCAGCUCAGACCAGUUACGCCAAGGAACCAGCUCAGACCAGUUACGCCGAGAAACCAGCUCAGACCAGGUACGACGAGGAACCAUCUCAGACCAGCUAUUCUGAGGAUCCAGCUCAGGCCAGUUAUGCCGAGGAAUCAGCUCAGAUCAGAUAUUUGGAGGAACCAGAUCAGACCAGUUAUGCCGAGGAACCAGAUCAGACCAGUUAUGCCGAGGAACCAGAUCAGACCAGUUAUGCCGAGGAACCAGAUCAGACCAGUUAUGCCGAGGAACCAGAUCAGACCAGUUAUGCCGAGGAACCAGAUCAGACCAGUUAUGCCGAGGAACCAGCUCAGACCAGUUAUGCCGAGGAGCCAGCUCAGACCACUUAUGCCGAGGAGCCAGCUCAGACCACUUAUGCCGAGGAGCCAGCUCAGACCAGAUAUGCUGAGGAACCCCCAGCUGAGACUAGUUAUGCAGAGCUAGUAGCUCAGAUUAGUUAUGCUGAACUAGCAGCUCCGACUAGUUAUGCUGAACUAGCAGCUGAGACCAGUUACUUUGAACCACCAACUCAGACUAGUUAUAUUGAACCAGCUGAGACCAAUUAUGCUGAAUCAGCAGCUCAGGUCAGUUUUGAUGAACCACCAGCUGAGGCUAGUUACGCUGAUCUAGCAGCUGAGAUCAGUUAUGCUGAACUAGCAGCUGAGACAAGCUAUGCUGACCUAGCAGCUCACAUCAGCUAUGAUGAACCACCAGCUGAGACUAGUUAUGCUGAGCUAGCAGCUCAGAUCAGUUAUUCUGAACCAGCAGUUCAGACUAGUUAUGCUGAGCUAGCAGCUGAGACCAGUUACUCUGAACCACUAGCUCAGACCAGCUAUGCUGAGCUAACAAGUGAGACCAGUUACUGCGAGCAGCCAGUCCUCAAUGAAUGUAAGGAGUGUGGGGAAUGCUUUGCCACCGUUGAAGACCUUGGCAGACAUCAGAAAAUCUAUGCCCGGGAGAAGUUCCAUGAUGGGAAGCUGUUUGGAGAGCCCGUGAUGCAGGACCUGGGCCUGGAUGGGUCUCCGGAGGAAGAGCUGGAGGAGCAGGAGGAGCCUGAGGAGGCCGAAGACUCCAUCUAUGGCUGCAAGGACUGUGGGCUGGGCUUCGCGGACCGCGCGGACCUCCGGGACCACCAGAAGGUGCACGGCCGCGGGUGCCUGGUGGACAGCCGCGAGCACACGCACCCCGCGGCGCACAUGCCGCCUGUCAGCGAGUACCAGAAAGACUGCCUCGGAGAGCAGCUGUACGAGUGCCCGGCCUGCGGGGAGUCGUUCGUGCACAGCUCGUUCCUCUUCGAGCACCAGAAGGUCCACGAGCAGGACCAGUUCUACGGCCACAGGCGGUACGAGCCCUUCAUGCAGCCCCUGAUCGCCAGCCCGCGGCAGCCGCAGGCCCCACCGAAGAGCGCCCCCGCCGGGGUGGGCCCUCAGUGCCAGGUGUGCGGGCAGGACUUCAUCCACGCCUCAGGCCUCAGCGAGCACGCCCGAGGCCACGCCGGCGAGGGCCUGCCUGAUCAGGGCCAGGGGGGCACGGGCGCGGCGGGGCCCGGCCCGGCGCCCACGGAGCCGCAGCGAGACCCGGGCGAGGAGCCGCGCUACGAGUGUGAGACCUGCGGCGAGUCCUUCCCCAGCCAGGCCGACCUCCAGGAGCACAUGCGCGUGCACGAGAAGGGCGAGCCCUACGACUACGGGGCCGCCUUCGUGCACACGUCCUUCCUCACGGAGCCGCCCAAGAGGGACUGGCCCUUCUACGAGUGCAAGGACUGCGGCAAGUCCUUCAUCCACAGCACCAUCCUCACCAAGCACCAGAAGCUGCACCUGCAGGAGGGGGGCGCGGCCGCCGCGGCCCAGGAGGCAGAGGCCCACGUCCUCGUCCCCCGGGAAGUCCUGCGCAUCCGCGGCUCCAACGUGGAGGCGGCCGAGCCCGAGGUGGAGGCGGCCGAGCCCGAGGUGGAGGCGGCCGAGCCCGAGGUGGAGGCGGCCGAGCCCCUCGGGGAGGCCGAGGGCCCGGAGUGGGAGGCCGCGGAGCCGAGCGGCGAGGCGGAGCAGCCCCACGCCGAGGCCGAGCAGCCCGACAUGGACGCCGACGAGCCGGACGGCGCGGGCAUCGAGGACCCGGAGGAGCGCGCCGAAGAACCCGAGGGCGACGACGACGAGCCGGACGGCGCGGGCAUCGAGGACCCCGAGGAGGAGGGCGAGGAGCAGGAGAUCCAGGUGGAGGAGCCGUACUACGACUGCGGCGAGUGCGGCGAGACCUUCCCCUCGGGCGCCGCCUACGCCGAGCACCUGACGGCGCACGCCAGCCUCGUCAUCCUGGAGCCCGCCGGCCUCUACGGCGAGGGCGCCGGCGGCCCCGAGGGCGGCCGGCCCGACGCCGAGCUCUUCAAGUGCGACGUGUGCGGGCAGCUCUUCAGCGACCGCCUGUCCCUGGCCAGGCACCAGAACAGCCACACCGGCUGAGGCCCAGGGCCCCCCUGGGACCCGACCCUCCUCACCCACACUCACCGGACCCACCGCGACCGCCCGGACUGCACCCACCCGACCUGGACUUCAGACACCCGGACACAGCCCCACGGCCAGCUGAGGCUCGGCGGGCCGGGGC